AUGUUGUUCCAAACCUGUGGAACCGGUGAGGUUUUAAGAAAUGAUUACUUCAAUGUGAAAUCUAAAGAUCCCGAGGAAUUACUUGCCUAUCUAAAGACACUAAAGCCAGGAAAUAUAGUGCUUGUGGCCUCACACAUCGACCCUACACCACAGCUGACUGAUGAAAUUAGAGAGAUGUUCACUGCACUGGGCAACACCAUGGUCACAUCCCUGAAGCCCAGGGAUAGCUGGGUAUUCGCCGGCACCUUUGGAAUAAUGGAAGCUAGACCUUUUGAAAAGUUGAUUCAAAAUGAUGUGGGGAGAAACGCGUAUGGAGACUGGCCUGAGUUGAGUUGGGGGAGGUCAUUGGCUGCUUACCUAGAAUAACUGAGACUGAAUGAGUCUGCCACUUUAGCCA